UUAUCCGUUUUAGUAAAAGUAUAAAAAAAAAUCCUAUCAGUCAGACUCAGAGAUCUAGUGCUUCUCAGUUCUUAUUUAUUCUCGAGUCUCUGCGUUCUUCUCCUCCGAAGAUGGCGGCUUUGCAUGCGAACGUGCGGUCCUUCAAAACCCUAGACCUCUAUCCGAAGCGAUCCGCACCUCCGCGGACUUGGGCACGCUUCCGCUGCUCCGCCACCGCGCCGCCGCGGCCCAGGAGCUACAGCGUCACCCUCCUCCCCGGCGACGGCAUCGGGCCCGAGGUCGUCUCCAUCGCCAAGGACGUCCUCUCCGUCGCUGGCUCCCAUGAAGGAAUCGAGUUUAGAUUCCGGGAGAUGCCGGUCGGCGGCGCGGCGAUCGACUCGAUUGGUGUUCCGCUGCCGGAGGAGACUCUCGCCGCUGCUAAGGAGUCGGACGCGGUUCUUUUGGGAGCCAUUGGAGGGUACAAAUGGGAUGGGAAUGAGAAGCAUCUGAAGCCCGAAACUGGGUUGCUGCAGCUACGGGCAGGGCUUGGUGUUUUUGCGAACUUAAGGCCAGCUGCUGUGUUGCCACAGCUAGUUGACUCAUCAACUCUCAAGAAGGAGGUUGCUGAAGGAGUUGACAUCAUGGUUGUAAGAGAGCUUACUGGAGGAAUCUAUUUUGGAAAACCUAGGGGUUUUGGAACCAAUGACAAGGGUGAGGACAUUGGUUUCAAUACCGAAGUCUAUUCUGCAUCUGAGAUUGAUCGGAUAGCACGUGUGGCGUUUGAGGUUGCUCGAAAACGACGUGGCAAACUAUGCUCUGUUGACAAGGCAAAUGUGUUGGAGGCGUCAAUGCUAUGGAGGAAGAGGGUGACAAUGCUGGCUUCCAAAUUUUCUGAUGUUCAGCUCUCCCAUAUGUAUGUUGAUAAUGCUGCAAUGCAACUUAUUCGUGAUCCCAAACAGUUUGAUACAAUUGUUACAAAUAAUAUCUUUGGUGAUAUUCUAUCCGAUGAAGCAUCCAUGCUUACUGGAAGCAUUGGUAUGCUUCCAUCUGCCAGUGUUGGUGAAUCAGGUCCUGGCCUUUUUGAACCAAUCCAUGGAUCUGCUCCUGAUAUUGCUGGGCAGGACAAAGCAAAUCCAUUAGCAACAGUCCUUAGUGCUGCAAUGCUAUUGCGGUAUGGCCUUGGUGAAGAGAAUGCUGCAAAAAGGAUUGAGACUGCAGUAAUGGAAACACUAAAUAGAGGUUUUCGAACUGGUGACAUAAUUUCUACAGGCAUGACAUUGGUAGGGUGCAAGAGGAUGGGAGUGGAAGUGCUGAGGUCUGUCGAUUCCCAGACAGCAUUAACUGCCUCACUCUGAAAUCAUUUGUUCACUGACAUCGCAAAGGGGAGAGUUGCUAGAAAGAUCUUAAACCAAGGAGAUGCAUUACAGGGAAGAACUGCAUGAUUAUAUUCUCUGAUGAAUUUAUGAUAGUCUCUUACUAAAGGACAAUUCAUAGACGUUAUUCAAGGACAAUAUAUGCUUGAAACUCAAUGUUGUAUGCGAUUCUGGCGAAGGUUUGCAUAUGAUUUUGCAUGUUUGCAGGAUUGAGUCUUUAUUUUUAACUGUCAGAUGGCUUUGAAUAAAAUUAUAGAAAAGGUUUUGUCAUC